AUGGCCGCAGAAAAAAACAACCCAUGCUUUCAAAACCUUCGCUGCAAUUGUGGUGAUAAUAAUGGCCGCAGAAAAAAGUAUUGUGGAAACGAUUUGGUGGGUCCGGGCUGUAAGUCUAACAUUAUCUACAAGUGUCCGCUGUUUAGGUCAAGCAAACUGCAAGUGGAAGAUGCCUGUCCUAAUGGGUGCGAAAAUGGCAAAUGUAUUCAAUAAAUACUCAAAAUUUUUAAAAGUAUUUUAAAACCAAACCUAUUAUCAAAAACUUUUAUUUUUAAUGUUUGAAUUGCAUUUUAAAUGAAAGUAAAGCAC